GGUGCAGAGGCGAGUUUAAGGCUGCGGCGUAAACGCUGGCUGUGCAGACUCCUGUGUGCUCUUGUUGGCGUAGUUUGGCUCGGGUUUGUUCUUCUGUCUUCUUUAGCCAAACAAAGCGAGCUAAAGGAGGGUGGCCUGCUCAGCUCAGCUCCUCACCUGUGCUCCUCGUCCCAGGUGUGAGGGCAUCCGCUUUCUUUUGUUCGCGUGGAAGAGCUGUGUUGUGUAAGACGCUGAAAGAGGUUCGUCUGCAGGACUCGCCCUUGACCGUUCACGCGUCCUGCAUCCUGCGCAGUCAUGGUCCUGAUUCUGGGUCGCCGCACGACCCGUGAGGAAUCGACUGGCACCGGCAACCCACCUGCCGUCAAGCGCAAGGUGUUCGAGAUGCAGCCCAAGAACGGCGGAGAUGUGUUGGACAUCUCGGCGGCAGCAUCGCACGGGGAGACACUGUUGCAGGUGCUGGACGAGUUCCGCGCCAGCCAGACGUUCACGGACGUGGUGGUCAGCGUGCAGGGCCGCGAGUUCCCCUGCCAUCGCGCCGUUCUGUCCGCCUGCAGCGUGUACUUCCGCGCCAUGUUCUGCAACGACCACCGCGAGAGCCGCGCCACGCUGGUGGAGAUCAACGGCAUCCAGGCCGGUGCCAUGGAAACCUUCCUGCAGUACGUGUACAGCGGCCGGGCCUGCAUCACCACGCACAACGUGCAGUACCUGUUCGAGGCGUCCAGCCUGUUCCAGAUCGCCACGCUGCGCGAUGCGUGCGCCUCCUUCCUGGAGGAGCAGAUGGACCCCUGCAACUGCCUCGGCCUGCAGCGCUUCGCUGACACCCACUCGCUCAAGCAGCUGGCCGCCCGUUGCCGGGCCUACGCCCUGCACAACUUCCCCGAGGUGGCCCAGCAUGAGGAGUUCCUGGACCUGCAGCAGGAGGAGUUGGAGGAGCACAUAGCCAACGACGAGCUGUGCGUGCCCAGGGAGGAGGUGGUGUUCGAGGCCGUCAUGCGCUGGGUGUACCACAGCGUGGAGCACCGUCGCGCUCAGCUCAGAGACCUGCUCCGGCACGUCAGGCUCCCAUUACUACACCCCAACUACUUCAUACAGAAGGUAGAGGGUGACCAGCUGAUCCAGAAUGCUCCGGAAUGUUACCAGCUCCUGCACGAGGCCCGCCGCUACCAUGUGCUCGGCAACGAGAUGAUGUCACCACGGACCAGGCCUCGCAGGUCCACGGGCUUCUCCGAGGUGAUCGUGGUGGUUGGAGGUUGUGAGCGUGUCGGGACGUUCAGCCUGCCAUACACGGAGUGUUACGACCCGUUCACGGGCGAGUGGAGGUCCCUGGCCAAACACCCUGAGUUCACCAAGUCAGAGUACGCUGUGUGUGCACUGCGAAACGACCUCCUCGUCUCGGGUGGGCGUAUCAACAGUAGCUACGUCUGGAUGUACAACUCUCAGCUGAACCUGUGGAUCCGGGUGGCUUCACUAAGUAAAGGCCGCUGGAGACACAAGAUGUGUGUCCUGCUUGGAAAGGCGUACGCAGUAGGUGGAUACGACGGCCAGUCUUGCCUCAGUAGUGUGGAGGUGUAUGACUCCUUCUCCAACCGCUGGGCGGAGGUGGCCCCCCUGACGGUGGCGGUGAGCUCCCCGGCUGUGGCGGGUUGUACAGGGAGACUCCUCGUUAUGGGAGGAGAACCAGACGAACACAGCUGCUCCGAUAAGGUUCAGUGUUAUGAUCCAGAGAUGAACAGCUGGUUGCUACGGGCAAACCUCCCUGUUGCUAAACGCAAUAUCACAGCUGUGUCCCUGAACAACUUGGUGUACGUCUGUGGAGGCCUGACCAAGUGCAUCUACUGCUAUGACCCAGCUAAGGACUUCUGGAUGGCUGUGGUCAACACCUUCAGCAGACAGGAGUGCUGUGGUAUGUCCGUGUGUAACGGGAAGAUCUUUGUCCUGGGAGGACGGGGAGAGAAUGGUGAGUCCACUGACAGCAUCCUGUGUUAUGACCCCUCGUCCAGCAUCAUCACCAGCGUGGCUGCGAUGCCCCGCCCCAUAUCACACCACGGCUGCAUCACCAUACACCGCUACACUGAGAAACUACACCGCACCUGAGACCGCGGCCACACACACACACACACUCACUCUGAAUGGAAAAAGCCCAAAAUUGGGGAAGGAAAAAAAAACCACCCAAACAUUGCAAAAAGAUUUUUACGCUGCAAAGAGGAGGCAAAGUCAGAAUAUUUCUAAAGCCAAAAUGCAAGAGAGUGAGAGAGUGACAGAAGAGAUUUCCGGUUAGCCACUGAUGUACCGUGCCGAGUUACAUCUCCUUAAUCACGGUAGCUACGCCAUCUAAGGUUUGUCCACAUAGACAUAGUGGAUGGAAAUACAACUUCAUUCCCAUUUCUUUCCUGCUAAAAUUUUGUAAAUGUGCAUGAGUGGAAACUCAACAUCCCCCCUCUACCCGUCAGUACCUCACUGUGUGGUGAUGUAAACCACUGCUAGAUUACUCUGAUCAUCUGCCACUCAGGACAGCAUCAAGCUCUCGUCAGCCUCUACAACCUUUAAGUGCCUUUAAGCAUUUAGGAGACUGAGAAUCUCUCCUGUUCCUGCUCUCCUGUUUAAAUUUUUUUUUUAAUUUGUUACUAAAUAAUUUGAUUCUCAACUUUUUAAAAAACACCUUGUUUAAAUUGUAUUAUUGUUUAUCAUGUAGUUUGUACUUUCUCAUAAUCAUAAAUUGUAUUUCUUUUUUAGAAACAAAUGCAGCUUUGUUAUUCUUUUAAAUUAUAUUUGUAUAUGGUUGUUUACUUUAUUUUUACAUUUAUUCUCGUUCCCCUUAAUGACUUUUUCAGUACAGAAAAGUCUGUGGAAAUAGAUAAACUAACAUUAGAACCUUUGGCGUUCCUCUUGGUGUCCAAACGUGUGAGCAGAUUUGAACCCCAUAUCUCUUCGUUCUUUCCCAUUGUGCUGUUUUUUUCACGAACCUAUAAAAAUCUAUUUGUCUUAGCAAAACUGACGAAGUUGAUAGUGUGUACAGUCCAUGGUUUGGACACAGUGCAAACAUUUAGACCAAUGCACAGUGAACCCUGGAGUGACGGACAGUUCCAGAACUGGUCAGCAGCGAAUCAGGAGAGUGCGCGUUUCUCUCCAGCAGUGUCUGACUUGUAUUUAUCGGUCUGUGUGUGUAGUAUCGGAAACCGUUGUGCCUUUCUGAUUUUAAUUUUUUUUUUCUUGAUUUUAGAGGACCAGUCAUGCACUCAAUGUUAUAAUGAAUAUCAUC